AUGUCGUCUUACCCCUUCGCCGGCAACCCUACCGCCCAGUCUUCGAGCGACCACGACCCUUCCCUCCACCACCACCACCACAACCCGUACCCAAACGACUACCAGCGCGACUCGCACGACGACGACGACGCCUACCGAGACCACCCGCAGUCCCACGACUCUGCCUAUUCGCGCGACCACGCCCAGCCACACCCCUACACCGACCGCGACGGCGCUGACGACGACGGCCAAGACCAAGCCUACCGCCCUCACAGCCUGGACGCAGCACCAGCGCAGCCCGACUACGCCUACCGCGACACCGCCACCGUCGCCGCAUCGCGAGACCCCUACACCAUGACGGCAGAAAAGGGCGAUCCCUACUCGGGCGCUCGCGGAAACAGCAUCUGGACCCGCGACGACAAGCGCUCCUUCCAGGAACGCAGCGCACCCGCAAAAAUCUUCCGCGUCCUCUUCUGCAUUCUCGUCAUUGGCGUCAUCUUUGUCCUCGCCAUCAUCUGCCUCGUCGUCACUUUUGUCCGGCCACCGAACGUCGCCAUCAGCGGCGUCGGCGUUGCAUCGCAGGAGGUCAAGUACAGCAACGGCGCCUUUAGCUUCGACGUCAAGGUCGACAUCUCCAUCUCGAACCCAAACUCGAUCUCGGCCACCAUCGAAAAGCUCGAGGCAAAGGCAUACGACGCCAACGAUAAGAGCACCACGGUCGGCUCGGGCAUCAUCCGGAAUCAGAAGAUUGUCCCGCAUGCCAACACGACCAUCGGCUUCCCAUUCACCAUUGCCUACGACUCGAGCAAGGACACCGACCUCAGCAUCAUUAAGAACAUUGCCGACAAGUGCGGCCUCAACCUGGCCGGUCUCACCGGCGGGAGCAGCAGCGGUGGUGGUGGCGGCGGCAACCUCGACUUCGAUCUCGACAUCGACGUCGACGUCUCGGUGCUGUCAAUCUCGAUCCCGGUCAGCUUUAGCCACGACGUUUCGUUCCCGUGUCCGCUGACGGGCGCAUCGAUCCAGUCGGCGCUGGGCGGCCUCCUCGGCGGCGUGACGGGCACGGGUCAGCGUCGCCGCGACGUCCCGCUCAUCGAAGAGCGGCAGCCGGAGCCGGCAUCCUCUUCGCCUCUGGACCUCGUUGCCGCUGCGGCCGAUGCCUUCGUCCGGCGCGCCGCCGCGACGCGCCAAAAGUCGAUUGCGGAUCUACACGACGCCCUCUGA